AUGGAGAGAUUCACCGAGGAAGACAUAAGUGAUUGGUGUUGUCGGAAAGGGAAAGAUCCCAAGAAAUGUUUAAGCGUGGGAGGAAAUUUUACCGAGUUUUCUGAUAAAGAAAUAACAGAGAAAUUGACAAAAUUAUAUGGAGUGAUUAGACCCACGAUUAUUGACAAAUGGAUUGGGGAAUUGGGAAGAACUGCAGCGAUAUUGAUAGAAACAGAUAAAGAAUUGGACGCUGAAGUGAUACCUUCUGUAGUGAUAGCUAGUGAAGAGACUGGAAGGAGAUGGAACAUCAUGUGGCCUAAUACACAAGAUAAAGAAGCUACUAGUGCUCCUGUAUCAGCUGCUAUCGGCCCUUUACUGAGCAACUCUAAUGGAAGGGAAGAAAGUGGUGAAGGAGGAGAUGCUCAAACUCCUAAUGUUAAUAUUACGGAAACCAAUCAAUUCGAAUCUGUCAUGGAUAGGGUAGUAACCCAAUUAGAGAGGUGGCAUUACGAAGGAAGUUACCGACGGUUGCGGAUAUUUUCUGGAAUUACCCCAGUACCCGUUGGGGAAGAAACGUAUGAGGCUUGGAAAGAAGCUGCGGUACAACAAACAGAGGAGUGGCAGUGCCCUGAUCGUAUUAAAAGACAACGGGUAGUAGAAAGCUUGAGGGGACCUGCGAUGGGAAUCAUACAAGCCGCUAGGCGAAGUAAUCCCAAUGCCACUUUGGACACUUACUUUGAGUCAUUAGACUAUGCAUAUGGAACGCUCGAAGAUGUAGGAGAUCUCACUUCCCGACUGCAUCAUACAUUUCAGGAACCAGGAGAGAAGUUGAGCGUAUUUUUGAUACGAUUGGAUAAACUAUUGUAUAAAAUAGUAGAUAAAGGAGGCAUAAAUAAGGAUGACGUUGACAAAAGCAGGAUGAAACAACUACUGCGGGGUGCUUCUACUAUGGAUCCGGUAGCUCAGAAAUUGAGGUGUUCCAGUAUCAGAGAACCCUCUCCCACCUUUAAUGAGUUAUUGAAAGAGAUAAAACAGGAAGAGGUGUUAAUAGAUAUGAGGGAAAAGGUAGUGAAAAAAGUUAAGGUGGUAUUGCCAAUUGCCGACAUUAAUACCUUUGAAGAUAGAAUAUUAAAAAUGAUGGAAGAACAAAAUAAAAAGAUUGAGCAAUUUAUUACAACACAAAAUGACAAUGCAAGGGUUCCUUCACAAGGGUCUUCUGGUGAUAACACUAUAGUGAGGGGGCUAGGUCGAGGAAAUAGUAAUUAUGGUCGAGGAUGCUUUAGAUGUGGAAGACCUGGACACAGCUUUUGA